UCUCCCUUUCUCCUUCUUUUUCUUCUUCUUCUCCUCCUCCUUCUUCGUCUUCCACGAUUACUAGUUUUAGUACUACCCCCAUCAGUACCACACUUCAGCUACAACUCUUGCUGCUAUUGAUGCUGCGUCUCGUAAUUUCACUUACCCCACCCCCAUCCCCUUCAAAUCUUGAUACAUGUUUCGGUGAUCUGUGGUCUCCGCCCCUAGAAACAAGGACGUCACGGUAAUUACUUCAGUGGCCUGGACGUUAACUUUCAACGCGGAUGUUAUGCGCUUGUACCCUGACAGCAAGCUAUUGUCUAUAACAUGAUUCGUAAAUUUUAUUUAAGUGAAUCUUCAAGAAAAUGGUUUGAAUGACUGAACGUGAUGGACUGAAUAUUCUUCAGAGGAUCUUCAGAGAUCGUUCUACAUUUAGAAUCGUGUGCUGCAUAAUUGUGAUCUCGUGACAAAGGAACAUAGUCCUAUAGUCUUUCAAUUUUAAUUGAAAAUCAAGAAGUGACACUGAAACUCGUAUACAAAUAGGUCGAAAAUUUCUUUUAAAAUUUUUUUAAGUGUUAUUUUCUUUUGAAUUCUUACUGAAUCAACAAAUCCACAUUCAAAUAUAUAGGAUAUGAUGGCAAGAAGGAUAUGGUGUCAAACUCUGGCAGGAAUUUUCAGAGUUACCGGAACUUAAUGAACUGGAUAUUGACGAACGACGUAUAAACGAGUUGAUGGGAUUUACAAAGAAUCAUACCGGUGGCUGGCAGAGGAUCAUGACGGAUCUAGUUUAACUAUCUCUCUAUUUGGUGUCAUGUUGUCAAUAGUGCGGAUGCUAGCUAAUACAGAGUUAAUGAUCAAAAGAAAUCUAAGUAUUGAACUCAUUGGCAGGAAGCUCGCGGAAGCUGUGUUGGAAUAAUAUGGAAAUUUACAUGGUAUAUACUUCCAUCGUUAUGACAUACCAGUUAAGACUUCUGUAAAACGAACUUCGAUUCCACAGUGCUUUUGCCAAGAAUUCGUCAGAAUCCAUCAGUGACGCUACGUAUCAUUGAUGUUAUCAGGACUCGGCGAGUCAUUAGGCAUCAUUCUCUGAGAUUUCAUUUAGCGAAAAUAUAUUUUUGUAUGGUUCUGUUUCUUUUUCAAGACGCUUUUUCAAAAUUUGUGCUAAGUGAAGAUUACAUUACACAUUUACUCGAUAUGUUCUAGAUGAAUACUAACAAAGUUAAUCGAUUAGAGUUUGUUCAUUGUAACGCACUUCGCAACGGGAUGCUACCGGUAAAAUCAAAGACCAAAUGAGUUGGAGUACCCUCAUAGUUUUGUGAAGCUCAAUACUCAAGGGAAUAAAGAUGGCGAUCAGUUAUUAUAUCAUGCUGUUCAUUCAAAUAAUGUCGACUUUGAAUUAUGGACUCGCAGCAUUGGGUGGUGGGACUCCAGUUAACGGUGUCGACCCAGAGUGGCAGGCAAUCGUCUCUAAACAUCUGUGUCCAUUAUUUACAUGUGAAGAAUGGUGUGAUUGCAGCGAGAUGGAAUCUAAUUUUGUUUUCGGCAAUUCGACUAUCGAAGUAUCUCCCAUGUGCUGUAAUUCCAGUUUUUCAGCGGAUGGCAAAUUAAAGAGAUACAUUGAUUGCGACGCCCUUCAAAUGGACCAAGCUUAUUUUAGGUGGUGGCCAACGGGUCGAAGCCCAAGCAGUGAUGGAAGAAGUUGUCAACCUAUUGCGAUGGCGGGUGCACUACUGGAGCGAAAAACAACCGGAGACAAUGGUCUUUACUGGAAUGUGUGUCUCACUGCAAGUCAUUGCCUAAAUGUCACGGAUCUAUGCUCAGAUCUACCCGCACAAGAUAGUUGCAGUAUUUGCACCAGGGAUACGACCUCGGUAACGGAUGCCCCUACGCCUCGCUUGCCGGGCGAAGGAACUCUGACCACGAUUACAUCUGAUCAACCCAUGCCUAGCGGACUUACACCAGAUCAGACGGAGUCUAGAAACACGGGGAACUCAAGUCAUAAUACGCAAGACGGACAAAUUCCAGACCAGCUGAGAAUAGCUUUUAUAAUUGGCGUUGGAGUUGGUGUCGGUGUUGCAGUUUUAUCUUUUAUCUUGAUUUGCUGCUUAGUCAUCUACAUCCGCAGGAAGAUGAACAGGAAUAGGGACCAAGAUCAACAAACAAGCAGGACCAGCUACCAAGUGGAUAGUAACCAUUAUAGUACAAUUGAGCGACCUCUCCACAAUGGCAACGGAAGAGCUAUGUUUACAAUAUCUCCUCAAUCGUCGGUUGACUCGGGAAGUCCCAGAACAAAGAGGAAAAUGAAGAAGAAAAAGAGCAAGAAGCCAUUGAUUGCAUCAAGUGAUAUGAAGCUCGAACCCCUAGCGACAGGUCCAUAUACAGAAUAUUACGCUGACCGAUCAUUGCCAAGCUAUGCUGGCUUGCAAUCAGUAGGAAGUGAAUCCGCACUUGCAAAAGGUCCAUUCAACAUAUUUGCAGAAUACCAAGAACCCGAUCUUGUCUUGCCUAAAUCUGUUAACAUGUGCAUGUUCGAGGACAAAAGAAUGAGUACAUCUUCUUCAUUUGGCUCGUUUAAACUACCAGGUGAAUAUAUUGACCCAGUGGACCUUAAUGGACCAAAUAAAUCUAAAGCUGAAAAUAAAGAUAAAGAAUCUGAAAUAAGUGGCGGCAGUGGCGUGGUGUCCCCAGAUCAAGGGGCACAGAAACACUUUAAGCAAAGGGGUGACGAAAACGCAACAACUUCACCAAUGUGGCAGGGGAAGCUGAAAGGCAAACAGAAGAAGAUUGAAACAUCGGCAUCUUGCAAGGAAACAAGCAGCAGACAAAGUCCAAGUUCACCGGACACCCCCAAAGAUGGAGCUUUAUUUCAAGAAUUGGUAGCAACGCUUAGUAGGAAGAAAAAACCUGUAUCGAAGUCCGAAUCUACUCCACUUGACAUCGAAGGUGAGAAUCCUUAUGCAGAGGUUAGUGAAGCCUUCUUUUCAAACGAAUCGCCAAGAGUGUCUCGCCAGCGCAGCCACAGUCAACCGAUGGUUUCAACACUUUCCGGGUAUCGAACCUAUGAAGAAAUCAAACCAAUGGGUCAUCAAGCAAAAAACAAAGAUGAUCGAAAUGACGUAAGUGUUUUCGCCCCUGCUAAUCCAUAUUUUGAACUGGAAGAUCCUAAUGCAUCAAGGACACAUUACUUUGAACUGGAAAAUCUUAACGAAGAAACCUCCAACCAGCAAUACUUCGUACUUGAGAAACCCAGUAGUUUGCCGUUAGAAUCCAAAAAGAAAAAGAAGGGUGAUGAGCAGAAAGCAUUCUAUGAUCAAUAUGAUAAAACGGCUACACUCUAUCAAAAUGAUAAAUGUGCAGUGAGUGGCUCGGGUUUUCGACAUAACCACUUUGAUCUAUGCGUUGACAAUGACUCCAAUACGUGCCAGUUAAAUGGUGUUAAUGCGAAGGCACCAAUGUAUUUUCAGUUGGAUACCCCACGAGAGAGAUCAAGCCUUGGAUCUAUGGCACAGGAGUACAUGAGCUCAUCGGAAAAUGAAUUCGGUAAAGACCGGAACACCAGAGCAGAAGGGACAUUGACAUUCUAUCCUGGAGGGAGAAAGAGGGCUUCUACGUACAGUUUGGAAGAACAGGCAUAUGACAAACUCAAUCGAAGCGCUAGGAGUAGUCGUUCAAGCAACCGAAGAAGUAUGAUUAAUACCGGUAGCUCUACACCACCCGAUGGUCCUUACUCAUGUAUCUCUGUAAGUGAAGAAUACAACCAAAUUCCGAGACUUUCCAAAAAUAAGAGCGUGAAGAAAAAAUGAACAAUCAAUGAAGACACGAACUAAACUCUAUCGCGAUUUAAAAAUUAUAUAUUUGCCCUGUCUUGCCUUCAUCGGUUGAAGCGAAAUAUAGACUAUUGGUAAAGUCCCCAAUUCGGUCGACAUUUAUACGGUCGCCGAGCAACUGGGUUAUUACUUACCAGGCUUUUAACAUUCGUGUUUUCCUUUUAAAGCAAAAAAAGCACAUAGAAAAUGGAAAGAUUAGAUUUUACACAAUGGAGCUCCAGAGGUGGGGUAGUGAAAAAAAGAUAAGAAAAAAAAGGAGGAAAAAUUUGAAAUAAAAAAAUAGAUACGGCGCGAAGCUCAAUAUAACCUCAGUUGCUGAAUCAAGAGAAAAUGACGUCACCUGACUCACCUUAAUGUGAUCUUGCUCCCUAUCAAAAUAAUUUGGAGCCGCAGCUAGCUGGAUGGGAAGUUCUCAUUUGUUGUGAAUAUGGUAUAACUCGUUAACACAUCGUCGUUAAGUGUAAAAGUGAGAAAUUGUUGAAUAGAUGUUGACAAGAUUAACAUCAACAUAAGGGGAAGCCACUCAUCAACAAUAUUAUGAGUUUGACUUGUGCUUUCAUGGACAUAUGACAAUCAUGCUGGUUCUUCUUGCUAUAUUGUCUUCGAAAUAUCGGUUCUUGUCAUCCUUUGUUGUUGUUUCCUAAAUAACUACCAACUAUAUGUACAUCUUAGAUUAAAAAAAAUAUAUAACAUGCUUAAAAAAAUGUUAUUUCACAAAAAAAUAAUGUUUUCCUGCAUAUUAAUAUGUCAUGUUUAUUUAUUGUAGGAUCUGCACUUGCAUUGUGUCUAAUCAUAUUUCUUACGUCAUUUUUCUAAUUUGAAAAAAAUGGAAUGUAUAUUUACCACACCCUAUCUCCCUUUUGUUAAGAAGGAUCCUGUGUAUAAGAACUGGUGGAUGAUAACAUUUAUUUGGAUUAAAUGCGACAACAAAACGUUAAUUCAUGGAUGGUAUUCCAAUGUUGCAUUAAAACAAUGUUCAAGCAGACCAUGAUCAAUGCACAGUUGUAAUUGUAACAUGCUAGUAUUUAAUACACUUUCACUGGCUUUAAUUUACAAAUGGACCGUUUCAAGAAAAUUUCAAUCAAUUGCAAGUCAAUAUUAGAUCCCAAGAUUAACCAUGAAUAUCGACUGAUUGUUUGUUUGCUACUUGCAACAGAAAAUGUGGCAGAGGUGACUACGGUUAACACUUUCUUACAAUAAAAAUCUUAAAUGGAAAUUUCCAAUAAAAGUUGAAAUAUGUGUAGAUGGUUAAUAAGCUAGUGGAGUUAGAUGGUUUAAAGCAGAGUUUUAUGGGAAAUAUCCGAUGUACAAAAAUAGGAAUGUAAUGUACAUAAACUUACAAAACAAUCUUUUAUUCAUUUUGUGGAUAGAUAAACUAACGGAAGGACAAAGGUGAUGUAUAAAAGGGAAUGUGACCAUGUAACAUCCGAUGCAACUAUAUGACAGGAGAUAUCCCAACGGCACCUAUCAACCAAGUUUAGUUGAAAAAAAGAGAGCAACUGUUGAAAAUAUAUUCUCCCUAACAGAGUAUUGAGAACUAACUUUAUUAUUUGACCUCCAAUGACCUCUGGCAGCAUAACAACAUUAUGUUACCCCAAGUGUAUCACCCCUGUUUGGUUCACAUUUUAACAAAAGUUACCAAGUUAUGUGUUACAUAUCGAGUCUUGGAAGCACAGCAAAACGUAUGACAAGAAAGUCAUGCAGGGACUCUAUAUAUGACUUCAAAAUAAUGACAUUGACCUCACCAUGUGACCCCCACCCCCCACCCACGACAGCACCGCAACAGAAUGGUACCCCCAUGUUUGGCUACAAUUUGACCAGGGUCCCAUUGCAGAAAGAUUUGCAAUCAAUUGCAACUCUAAAAAUCAUGCGCAACUUGAUUUUUAACAAUUCAACAGCGCGCAUGAAAGACUUGAGAUUGAUUUUUUUACCUGCGUUUAAAGGCAAAUCUUUCUGCAACGGACCCCAGCAGUUGUUAAGUUAUUCGUCAUAAGAGAGUUUGGAAAGUGAACUUAAACAUUUGUGACGGACGGACGCCAUUUGUGUAUACCCGAGUUCCGCUCUGACCCC